AUGGGUGAAGAGCACCGCUGGUUCACACCCGGGACAAGCCGAGUCCCUACAGAGAAGGAGACCGAGGUUUUCAAGCAGCGCGUUCAGUCUCUCGCCGUCAUGUAUGGCACAGUCGAGCGAUUCGUGAAAGACAUACGGGCCUUUUCAUUCAACACCGCACAGGGCCAGCAGGAGAGCCUCCAGAAGCUCGACUUCUCGAACCCUCCAGAUGACCCAACGCGAUGGCCAUCUCUUUCUGCCAGCGAGCAAAUUAGACUACAUCGAGGUCUCUCAAGAUACGAAUUAUGCUGCCGGCUGCUCGGCACUCCCUUCAUGUUGAGAAACUGCACUGCUUUCAACGUUGGAGGAUACUCUGAUGAUGACCCUCACUGGAUCGUCAAGGAGCUCAUGCCGUCAUGGGAAUUGCAAGAGAUUGUUGCGAGAGGCACACUGUGUGAGGACAACAGCGACGAGAGCUUGGACCGUGGCGCAAUAAAGCUGCAGGAGCUCGGCUGGGUAUACUGGGAGGAUCCCACCCGGAUCUCAUCACUACGUCUGCCUCGUGAUGACGACGGCAAGCGACGUCCUGAGUACCAGUUGGCUCGGCACUUCGCCGACGACGUUGGCAGACCGGUUCGCUACGAAGUCGACGGGCGUCUUGACCAAGUCAAGGGAGUUCAUAUCACGACCGAGAACUGGAACAAUAUCAUUGUUCCAGAGUAUGGGUUUCGAGCCCCUGAUGGAGCCAUGGACUCCACCUGGAUUGAGGAUAUAUUUGCUUGA